UAGUCUCUUUCUUGAAAUUCCCUAUGAAAUUCAAGAAUCAUCUCCUUCUCAUCAUCAAUCUCUUUCUUGAAACACCAUCACACUAGAGUUCUUGAUUCUUGAAACCCAAAGACAAAAACUUGCAGGCAAUUCAAUCAAAACUAACAAUAAGAUGAGGACUGGUGGGUACACUUUCCAGCAGUCACUAACCCAUGAAUCUGCAGGCAUUGUGAGGCAGGCAAUGAGCUUAGCUAGGAGGAGAGGCCACUCCCAUGUGACCCCUCUCCAUGUAGCUAGUGCAAUGCUGGCCUCUUCUUCAGGCCUUCUCAGAAGAGCUUGCCUCCACUCCCACUCUCACCCCCUCCAGUGCAAAGCUCUUGAGCUGUGCUUCAAUGUCGCCCUCAACCGCCUCCCAACUUCCUCUUCCAACCCCAUCUUAGGCCCCCAUUCCCACCUCCCUUCCCUCUCCAACGCCCUCGUGGCCGCCUUCAAGCGCGCGCAGGCUCACCAGAGAAGAGGCUCAAUUGAGAAUCAGCAGCAGCCUAUUCUUGCCUUGAAGGUGGAGGUUGAGCAGCUUGUGAUUUCCAUCCUUGAUGACCCCAGUGUGAGUAGAGUGAUGAGGGAGGCCGGGUUUUCGAGUAGCCAGGUGAAAACCAAUGUGGAACAAGCUGUUUCCUUGGAGGUUUGUUCCACUAAGGAAGUGGCAAAACCAUUAGUCCUAGGAAACAACAAUAAUAAUAAUAAUGUUUCUCAGUUAAGGUUGCCAUCAUCAUUUAGUAAAACAGUGAGGGAUGAUGAUGUGAUGGGGGUUUUGGAGGGUUUGAUGAGCAAGAAGAGGAGAAACACUGUGAUUGUUGGGGAGUGUUUGGCCACAGCUGAAGGGGUAGUUAGGGGAGUGAUAGAAAAGAUUAACAAGGGUGAAGUCCCUGGGGAGGACAUGAGGCAUGUGCAGUUCAUUAGUGUUCCACUUUUGAGCCUGAGGAAUGUGUCAAGGGAUGAGUUUGAGGUGAAGCUUGGGGAGCUUAGGGCCUUAGUGAAAAGCUACAUAAGCAGAGGUGUUGUUUUGUACUUGGGUGAUCUUAAAUGGGUUUCUGAGUUUUGGUCAAAAUAUGCAGACCAAAGCUCCCACUACUACUCUCCUGUGGAGCACAUGAUAAUGGAGCUUAGCAGACUUUUGUGUGGUGGAAUAGGGGAAAAUAAUAAUGGCAGGCUUUGGCUUAUGGGAAUUGCCAGUUUUCAAACUUAUAUCAAGUGUAAAACUGGUCACCCUUCUCUUGAAACUCUUUGGUCUCUCCAUCCACUCACAAUCCCAGUUGGCACCUUGGCUCUUAGCCUCAAGCUUGAGAGUGAUCUGAAUGGUGAAUUUGGAAGCAAGGCUUUAGCAGUACAAGAAGGAUCAAGCUGGGCACUUAGCAGACAACACCAUAAUAGUGUUGAAAAGCAUCUGACUUGCUGUGCAGAUUGCUUGGCAAACUUCAACAAGGAUGCUAGAAACAUAGCUAGCUGCACUGCUGUUGUUAAGACUGAGCCAACCACCACCACGAGCUUGCCUUCAUGGCUCCAAAAGUGCAAAGAAGAAGAGACCACAAGACAAACCACCAAUAAUGAUCAGGAAUGUGAUAAGAUUAGUGAUCUGUGCAAGAAGUGGAACUCAAUUUGCAGCUCAAUUCACAAGCAGCAUACACUUUUUCCUGAGAAAACUUUGAGCUUCUCUUCACCAUCUCCUUGCUCCUCAGCUUCAAUAUCUUCAAAUGAUCAAAGAAGCUCCAAGUUACACCAAAGCCUUCUGAGUUGGCCAGUCAUCUUUGAAUCAAACCAAUCACCUAAAGAGCACCAAUUCUUUGCAUCUGAAAAUGAGGCUGCAGAGGGUACAAAUAGCAUGAUUAUCCCAGAUACCAAGCCAGACCUAUUAUCCAACCCGAAUUCGAGUCCUAAUUCCGCUUCCUCUAGUGAAGCGAGUGGGAAUCAUCAUCAUCUUUCCAUGGAGUGUUUGAACAGGUUCAAUGAGGUUAAUUCGGAGAACAUGAAUAUUCUUUGCAGAGCUUUGGAGAAGAAGGUUCCAUGGCAGAAGGAUAGUAUAAUCCCGGAAAUAGUUAGCACAGUCCUUCAGUGUAGGUCGGGAUUAAUGGCGAAGAAUAAAGGGUAUAGAGGAGACCGAGAAAAGCAAGAGACAUGGAUGUUCUUCUUGGGGGUUGAUUCUGAAGGGAAAGAGAGGAUUGCAAGGGAGCUGGCUAGAAUUGUGUUUGGUUCCGAGGAUAACUUUACACCUAUCGGGAUUAGCACCUUAUCCUCGUCCCCGCGGACAAGAGCGGAUUCCACGGAAGAAGAAGUGGUGAGCAAGAAAAGGGCGAGAGAUGAGCAAGGAAGAAGCUAUCUAGACCGGUUCAUUGAAGCGGUUCGAGAAAACCCUAGCCGGGUUUUCUUCAUGGAGGAUCUUGAGCAAGCCGAUUUCCAUUCCCAAAAGGGCAUCAAGAAACUCAUUGAAACCGGGAGCUUUACGCCGCCGCAAGACGGCGGCGAGGCGGUGGCAAUGAAGGACGCCAUUGUCAUUUUCACCUCCGAAAACUCCGGCGCCGCCUCCAGAGCCCCCUCUCCUCCUCCUCCCCCACCAAAACACACUCAAGAAGAAAAGCCAUGUUGGGAUCUUAACGUUGCAAGUGAAGAUCAUAGUGACGAACCGAACAAUGCUGGGAUUUUGGAAGCUGUGGAUAAACAAAUCCUGUUUAAGAUUCAAGUCCUGUGAGACCAGGAAUUACAAAUCCUGUUGGGUCAGGGUGUGGAAUGGAAAUCCAUAUAGUUUACUAGCACUCAGAAAAUUAUGUAGAAUUUUUCCUUUUUUGUUUUUCUUUUUUUCUUUGUUUGUAAUUUUAUGUUGUUUAAAUUUCAGAAAAAGAAAUGGGGGAAAGGGGUAAAGUUAAGAUUAUCUGACAGGUCCCAUAGAUUUUAGGUGGAGUUGAAGUAGAAUGAAAUGAAAUGUACAUUUGACGUACACUUGUUUGUUCUUCUUGUGUUUUAUUACUGUCAAUAAUUUUAAUAUAUUUUAUGGUUUUAA